AGCCAUCCUUAUUUUGUUGUCUUUCAAAAACCCUACUAAAUUUUAGUUCAUUCAGUGAUUUUUAUUAGUGGUUUCAAUAAUGGCCAAUAUAUCAGCCAAAAGAAUUAAAAGGGAAUUCAAAGAAAUCAUGAAAAGUGAGGAGGUAGCAGGAGGCGCGAUCACACUGGAGCUCGUGAACAACAGUUGGACGGAGCUGCACGGCACCAUCGCCGGCCCGCUCGACACGCCGUACGAGGGCGGCACCUUUCAUCUAGAAAUCAAAGUGCCUGAGACUUACCCAUUCAAUCCGCCCAAGAUCCGUUUCAUCACAAAAAUCUGGCACCCUAACGUAUCGUCGGUCACCGGCGCGAUCUGCUUAGACAUCCUGAAAGACCAGUGGGCCGCCGCGCUCACGCUGCGCACCGUCCUGCUCUCCAUACAAGUCCUGCUGUCCGCCGCAGAGCCCAACGACCCGCAGGACGCCGUCGUCGCCAAACAAUAUCUAGAAAACCAACACCUCUUCAAUGUCACCGCGAGGCAUUGGACCAACAUCUACGCGGGCGGGCCCACCGCCAUCCAAGACUGCAACCAGAAAAUACAAGUCCUUCUAGAUAUGGGUAUAAACGAAGACCAGGCUAGAGUAGCGCUUUCUACCUACGAUUGGAACCUCGAAAGAGCGACGGAGCAGAUAUUUAGUUAGUGAGGUCCGUUACACGGUGUAAGGUCAGGUGGGGGAUGAAAGAGGCUAGUGCACUCUAUAUAUGGAUAGACCGAUCGUGACGCUGUAUGCACACCUAUGCUCAUCUAUGAAAAUGCCGCAGUGUCCCAAAGGUGACAACCAUAUCAAAGGUACAAUGCCGGGCUUUGGCUCGGUUCGUAGCCGGACUUUCAUUAACAGGUAAAUGAAAUGAAUACUGAAGUAGAAGCAACUAGUGCAGGAUCUUAUAAUCUACACAGCUGAAUUUUAUGGCGCUGGGUGACCCGAAAUGGCGCUGAAUGGCCUUUUUUAAAAUAUUUUGCUUUCAUUUACUUGUUUUUUUAUUCUAUUGACAAUGGUUUAGCUACUUUAGCUGUUGAUACUUUUAGUUUAAUUAGUCCUCUUGUAUUUCUUCCUUAUUCCACGAAUGAAUAAGAGACUUAUGAUUUGAUUUGAUUCAAGACUUCGAAUGCGAAUUUAUUCUUUUAAUUUUAUUAUUCUUAAAACUGAUAUUAAAAUGUUACUGGAAUUUAUUAAUUUCAUUUUAAUGUGAUCGAAAAAUCAUUAAAUUAUUAAACUACA